UAUGAUAACUGGAACACUAGAACUUUACCUUUUAAAUCAAGAAUCAUAGGAAAUAUUUACAAUAAAAAAUCAACAUAGUCCUAGCUAUCAGUUCUUCAUAAUUUCUGUGGGCUUCAAGUGAAUGUGACUUAAUGUGGAGGAAGCUCUAUGUUUUUCUAGAAUUAAUGCAAAUUUUGCUGCAUCUCAUGAAAAAUGAAUAUAUCUGUAAAUAUAUGUUUCUUUUCAUGCAUUACAGUAGGUUAUAUAGGAACCUACAUGGACCAUAAAUUACAAAAUCUGCAACAUUUGACAUUUUACUAACAGAUGAAGUUUGAAAAGCGUUCAGAAUGGCAGAACACAACAAGAAUAAAAGAGUUCAUCCUUCUUGGAUUUGGGAAUACUGAGAACUUGGACACUCUUUUCUUCUUAUUAUUUUUAAUCUUUUAUAUUGUAACACUGUCUGGAAACCUUCUCAUAAUUAUAUUGGUUAUGAUGGAGAAGCAUCUUCAUACUCCUAUGUACUUCUUCCUUUCGAAUCUAGCCUGUUUGGAAAUCUGCUACACCUCAACAACAAUACCUAAAAUGCUGGCCAUUUUUCUCUCCGGAAAGAAAACAAUUUCUCUUUGGGGCUGUAUUUUACAGAUGCAUUUCUUUUCCACUUUGGGAGCUACUGAAUGUUACCUUUUGGCAGCAAUGUCUUAUGAUCGUUAUCUAGCCAUAUGUAGACCCUUGCAUUAUGUCACGCUUAUGAAUGGCAAAACAUGUAUUUUGCUGGUUUUAACAUCAGGGAUAAUAGGAUUUCUGCUUAUCAGUGUUUUGACAUCCUUGUUGACACAACUCACAUUCUGUAAUCAAUAUGAAAUUGACCAUUUCUUUUGUGAUUUCACACCCUUAAUACGUCUUUCUUGCAGUGACACUUGGGUGAUUGAAAGAGUUGCUUUGAUAACAUCAUUUUUAGGAAUUAUACCUACAUUUUUCAUAACUAUCUCAUCUUACGCUUUUAUCAUGCAGGCAAUUAUGAAAAUCCAAUCUGUGAAUGGGAGAGAAAAGGCAUUUUCCACCUGUUCUUCCCAUCUCACUGUAGUCUCCAUUUUCUAUGGCUCCUUAAUGCUUGUCUACAUUAUGCCAACAACUGGCAAAUUCAGAGAUAUGAAUAAGAGCUUCUCUUUUCUAUAUUCCAUUCUAACCCCCAUGGUCAAUCCUUUUAUUUAUAGUUUGAGAAACAGAGAGAUAAAGAUAAUCAUUAGAAACAUUCUGUGCUAAGAAGGUUUUUUUUGGAAUAAUUAAUUAUGUGUGUGUGUUUGUGUACCCAAGAAUUUGUGUGUGUGUCUGUGUUUAUUUGUCUUUGAGUCACUAUUAACUCCUGGUAACUAUAGGACUAGAAAUAAUGGUUUACCAAUUUCCAUCACACUAGAUUUAACCAUAUCACCAAAAUACCUCUCAAUAAAUAUUGAUAUAUAACAAAGUAAAUAUCCUUUCAAUUAUUAUUAGAUUCAGUUCUAUGGAUAAAUUAUUUUUAUUUACAAUGAAUUGGAUCACCAGCAUUUGCUAUAUCUUCUUGCCUUUAGCAAUUUAAAUUACUAGAAUGGGCUUCAUCGUAUUUUCAUGAUGAUUCUGAGUUAAGAUUCUUUCCUACUCAUAUCUGUUUCAAAAUUAGUAUAACAUUCUUCAUUAUCAAAUAGGUACAGAAAUACAGGUAAUAAAAAUAUAAUUUCUCCUUUCACUGGAGAGACAGAAAUAUAGGAAACUAUUUGCCUGCCCUGUCGACAUUGAAAUUGGAGCUCUUCGCACAUUAAUACAAUCCUAAACAGGCACUUAAUGUACAUUUCUAUAGAGUUUUUUGGCUGUCACUUUUAUAGAUAACUUUUACAGAAAGGAAAUAAAGAGCAAAAAUGUUUCUUUAUUUUUUGGAUUCUUAAAGUUUGUAAAGUAUCUUUUUUUAAAAAAAACAAGUCAAAUACAAUAUAAAAUAAACAUAAUGUAAUUAUUAUUUUUUUUGUUGGUGAAUUUUCAUUUGAAUAUUAAAGCAUCUGAGAAUUCCAUAUGAAAUUGAACAGUCACAUAACAUUACACAUAUGGUAAAUGGAUUUCUUAGAAGUCUCUUUCAUUGAUGUUGUAAGAUUGAAUACUGAGUAAUUCUUGCAUUAGCUGGAAAAGAUUCAGUAUUCAUAAUUUUCAUGUCAGUAAGCUCAGUAAGAUUUUUUUUUCUUAAUGAACCUUCAAACAGAUAUCAAGUGAAGCAUUAUGUACAAUACAAAAAAGUUACAGAAACAGAAUGGAUUAUCAUAUUAUGUACAACUUUGCAAAUAUUAAGAAAUGUGUAUGAAUUUGAAAAUUCUAUUUUCUAAAAAAAUACAAUUUCUCAUGUUCAGUUUGAAAAGUUCAUGAGGUACAGAAAUGACUUUGUCUACUGAUUUAAACUAUAUAAACUAUUAUCUUUUAAAAAACAGAUUGUGUCAUCUAACCAAUUAACCAAGAACAAUGACUGAGAAUGGGAAAAAGAUACAGACAGAAACAAGAUUGAAUAACAUUUCAUUAUAAUUAUAGAUAGUUAAGAUAUAUUAAUAAAAAUAAGGUACAUACAUAACUACAGUUUCAGUAUGGGUUCUUAAUAAUAUUUUACUAUUAUCUUAUGUUUUUAGUAAACAGAACAGUACAUACAGAAAUGCAUGGUUUUUGCUAGCAAAUACAGACUCUUUAUCUUCAAUAUAAAUAGAUGAACUAUUUAUUUUCAGACAGGCAUUUAGUAUCUUUUGAUUUAAUGAAACCAUUGGGAAUUAACAUUAGUAAUAUGGAAGUCAUUAUCUCCCAAGUUUAAUAUUUCAAACUGUAAUAGUUAUGUUUGUUUAAUUAAAAUGUAAACAAAUGUUAUUCAAUUUUUGGAAAGAUA